AUGGAGGCUGCUUCGCCACAGGGGAUCCAACUUCUCGCUUUGCCACCCCAGUCUCCACCUGCCCCAAUCUUCAGGCCGUCGUCCCCAACCCACCAGGAGAUCGGGGUCGACUUCGUCGCCGGCGACGGCGCCCUCGCGUUCGGCUCCGGCAUCAGGGGCCUGAACAUGUCUAGCCACUCGACGCCGAGGGCGCGCUCGUCGGCGCCAUGCAACGCUACGAGUUCCACGCCCACGCGAGGGGCACCGCGGUCGCGCUGGCGCGGGCCAACCGACGGGGCCGUCGAUUGGGGUCGCUCCGACGCCCCCACGGUGGAGGAGGUGGUCGGGCCCGACGGGGUCGACUUCGUCGCCGGCGAUGACGCCCUGGCGUUCGGCUCCGGGGUCACGGACCUAAACAUGGUAGGGCCGUUGGAGCUGGUGGUCUCCAAUGGCGCUGGCGAGGGCCUCGCAGAGCUCGAGUUGCUAUCGUUGUGUCACAUUUGA